GUCAGAAACAAACUCCACCUUACACCUCACAUCAGAACUCGCUGCUAUUCCUGUGUGAUUCCUUCUGUAGUUUUGUAGCAUAGGUUUAAAAUGUCUUGGAUGCGCUCUGCCUUGCUCACCUGUCUGGCUUUGCUGUUCAUCCUCACCUUGUUUUACGAGGUUGACGCUGCAAACGCAGCUGAUGGCAAAGCGCAUAAGACGACAGCAGGUCUACAAGGUGGGCUAAGAAAGAUUUUUAUGGAAGAAAGAGAUGCCACCAACUUUUUCAAGCGCCGUGGCAGAAGGGCUGUGAAAUCACAAGAUGAGCUGAAUGUUGAGCAGCAACAGAGACUGGCAGCUGAUGAAAGGAAGAGAGAAUAUCACGAGGAGCAGAGGAAUGAGUUUGAAAAUUAUGCAGAGGAAGAGCAUGAUGAGCAGGAUGAGAGAACUCAGGAGAGUACGGAGCAGUGGAGAGAGUUCCACCAUGACGGCCUCGAUCCUCCUUACGAGUACAACCGUCACACUGUUUAAAGCUGUCCAAGUGACAUUUUAGUCCUUAUCAGAAACAGAAAAAUAUUCUUACUGCCAAAUGUGCAAACAUCAUCACCAGCAUGGACUCGUAUACUGUAGGUUCAGGUCCAGUUCAGCAGGAUGGUGUGAGGUUCUCUUCCAUUUGUUGGACAAAAGCUCAGUGGUCCACUUUAAAGCAGUCAUUACAUAAGGUAUGGAUGCAGGUAGAAGAAAAAAGGUCAUAGUGUCACCUGUAUGCUUAUAAAAAGCCUGAAAUCACCUUUGAUUAUAAAAGGCCUGAUUUAGUAUUUAAGAUGUGCAGCAAUUAUGAGCUUAAACCAGAUGUUUGACUGGGCUUUAUUCCAAAUGUCUUCACAUACAGACAUAUAACUACUAUAUACUUUUUUUUAUUUUCAGAUAUAUUUGAAAUAUUUGAACGAUUUUGGCAAUGCAUUGUUAUGCAUGCUGUACGAAGAGCAACUGGAUUGUUGCCAUGUUUUAUCAGAUCACUGAUAACGUAUUAAUCUCUU